AUGCCUUAUAGUGAAGUUGAAGCUAAGUUCUUGGGACCUGGAGAAAAACUCACAAGUGAACCAUGCUAUAAAAAGCUGAAGUCAACUGCAGAUGCCCGUGUUUUCCCCCAUCAUGGUGGUCCAGAUAUCCACAGAAUCCAAGAGAAAACUGGAAAUAGUUGGGUCCCCAUGACUGUCACUGAUGUCAGAGGAUGUAGUUCACAGGAGGACAGUAAGAGAACUUCAGAAUUCCUAAACCCUACUCAUGAUGAGGUGCCUGGCGAUAGACCAGAUGUUAUUGAAGCUGUUGAUUCAAAAGUGUUACGGGAUGGAAACCCUCCAUUAAUAUGCAGCAAUGAUGAAUAUAGUACAAGUAAGGCAUUCAUAGGACCCAUUUACAACCCCCCUCCCCCGCGGAGAAAGAGUAAUAAAAGGAAGAACGAAACAGACACUCUCAAUAGUACCAAUGGCAAAGGAAGACGGGAGGAGAAACAGACAUUUAACUCAAAAAAAUCAGAGCUUGGCACAGAAUUAUCCCAGUUUUAUAAAGAAAUUGAAGAGCUUGAAAAUGAAAAAGAUGCUUCACAAGACACCUGCAAGGAGCCGGAGCCUGCUCAGGAACAAGUCAUUCCACAGUAUCAGGGCUAUAAUGAUGUCCUGAGCUCUGAUGCAGGAAGUGGCUAUCAACAGUACUUUGAGAAUGAGCCAGGCAAAUACCCCUGCGUUGAACCACCAAUACCCACGUUCUGUGAUUUUUCAUUUCCUCCCUUCAGACCCGAAUGGCCGUCAGUGCGUCCUUUUAUCAUACCCCAUGUUCCUCCUCCCAGUUUGAACUAUCAUCUAAAUAUUCAAAGAUUCAGUGCUCCACCACAUCCACCACCAAACAUUUUUCAUGCCCAAGAUGACUCUCGGAUGCAAAAUGGGUGUUGUGUAAAUAGUUACCUGGAUAACAGGAAUUGUUUGACUUUUGAUCACAGCAAUGAAUACAGUAACUAUACUGAGAAUAGCAGUAGUGCACAUCCCUCUAGAAAUGGCCACAGUGUGCAGGAUGCAUAUGUAACCAAUGGUUUCUGUGAAAUCAGAGAAGGAUAUUGGAAAGAUCCUUUCUUGGACAAACAUAAUGGAACAGAUGGGUUUGUGAACCAGCAGCUUCAGGAGGAAAAGUUAAAUAAAUUGCAGAAGUUACUUAUUCUUUUGCGAGGUCUGCCUGGUUCUGGGAAAACAACGUUGUCUCGAAUUCUGCUUGGUCAGAGUCGUGAUGGCAUUGUGUUCAGCACUGAUGACUAUUUUCACCAUCAAGAUGGGUACAGGUAUAAUGUUAAUCAACUUGGUGAUACCCAUGACUGGAACCAGAACAGAGCGAAACAGGCUAUCAAUCAGGGGAGAUCUCCAGUUAUAAUUGACAAUACUAAUACACAAGCUUGGGAAAUGAAACCAUAUGUGGAAAUGGCUAUAGGAAAAGGAUACAGAGUAGAGUUUCAUGAACCUGAAACUUGGUGGAAAUUUGAUCCUGAAGAAUUAGAAAAGAGGAAUAAGCACGGUGUGUCUCGGAAGAAGAUUGCUCAGAUGCUGGAUCGCUAUGAGUACCAUGUGUCCAUCUCCAUUGUCAUGAACUCAGUGGAACCCACAGAGAAAAACUCACAAAGACCCCUUCCUCUACCAGGGCCACAGAAGUGGGGCGGCUCUCUAGACUCACAUAAUCAAGUCUGUGUCACAAGUAAUCAUUAA